AUGAGCGCGCCGCCGUCCGCGGCCGAGGCGCUCUCCUCUCUGCUAUGGCAGCCCUACGACUGCCGCUCGCCGCCGCUGCCGCGCUCGCGCACCGAUGGCGCCCUCGCGAGCGUGUGCCUCGCGGGAGUUGCGGCCCAGUCGCCGAGCGGCGGUCGUCAUGCGCGCGCGUCGUACCGCGCGAUCCCUCCCCGCCACGAGAUGCGGUUGCCAGUACCGGCGCCCGCCCCGCUGCGUAAGUCGGACUCGGUCUCAGUGCGCGUCCCCGGAGAGCCGAGCCGAUCGGAGUGCAAUGUGAACAUAGUGCAGGUGCGAGAUGCGCCCGAGCAAGACAGUGUGGUGCCGGAGAGAGAGCCCGCUCUCUCUGUAGCGACCGCGGAGUGCCAGACAGAGGAGCCCCGGCGGCGGCGGGCCAGGCGUGCGCGUGCGCCUAGAGUGCCCGAGGCGCUGGAGAGCGUACCCCCGCCGCCCUACAGCACGCUGCCGCCCUUACACCAGGUGCCUGUGCCGGUGCCUGUACCGGUGCCGGUGGCUGUUCCACCCCCACCAGCACCCAUCGUCGCCCCACAUCCCCCAGCACAUCGCUUCCCCUUUCAACCUAUUCCUCUCAGAUCAGGAAGAGGUGCUGCGUAUGCAUGUUCGGAAGGAGAGGGCAACGCUCCUAAAUCCUGUUGCGGUCGACCUCCGCUUCGACUGUGUGUCUUGUUCCUGGGCGUAGUUGGUGCGUGUCUUGUGGGUGCGGGCGCCGUGCUCGGGGCCCUGAGGCCCCACCCACGUGCACCACUCACAUUAUUAUUACUGAUGAUAGGCAUAGGUGUGGUGUUAGUGACAGCUGCUGGUCUAGCGUGGCGUUUGGGUGCACGAGAUGCGCCUUGUGCAUUGUUAGGUUUAAGGCGAGCGUCAUGUCGACGGCUCGUGCCUCGUCUACCGCCGAGCUACGCACGCCCGCACCACCCUUAUGCGGCCAUGCUAUACCCAGAGUUUCAUUAUAGGCCGCCACCACCGACAUAUCAAGCUUCUAUGCAAGAGUACAGACUCAGGUUGCUUCUCUUAGACAGAAGUGCGCCCGCGGUGUCGCCGCCUCCCACAUACAGAUCCAACUCAGCUAGUCUAGUCAGAGGAUCAACGGGAGCCGCAUGGUGUGGAUCCGAGUACAGUGGACCCCCGUCAUAUCGCGCGCCGCGGGCGGACCCUCCUGUAACCGUCACAGACGCACUCCCUUCCCUCACACCUAUAGACCUUAAAUACGCAGAUGACACAAUAGAAUCCCUACCUAAGCCCACAGAACAAGAAAAAGACCCAAACGAACAUCUGGUGACCAUCGUUCAUACUGAAGCACAGCCGGUCAUUGUGACCGUCUCCGGCUCCCCAGCUCUCAACGACACGCACACGCAACCACCUUCCGAAAUUGACAUUCUGGCACAUUUA